AUGUCCGGAAAAAUUAUUAUACUAACCAGUGGUAUUACGACUCUUGGACUAUAUCAAUAUACUAAUUCUAAAAAGAAGAAACAAUAUAUUUUCACAACAAAAGCUGUAUCUGAUCAUCCAACAAGUAUUAUAAUCGGUACUGGUAUUAUUGGUUUGACAAGUGCAUAUUAUUUAGCAAAAAGUGGACAUAAAGUUAUUUGUAUUGAAAAACGAGAAGAUGUUGCUUUAGAGACUAGUUAUAAAAAUGGUGCUUUGAUUUGUCCAUCUCUUUUAACUCCAUGGGCGAAUUCCGAUGUUCCAAAAAAUUAUUUCCAAUCUUUGUUUUCUUCUUCAUCAAAACCAACAUCUGUUAAAGUUUGGCCUAGUACUUUUUUUUCCGUUAAAUUUUAUCGUUGGAUAUACGAAUAUUUAAAAAAUUGUACCACAAAAGCUCAGAUCAAAAAUGCUACACAUCUAUUAACACUUAGUAAUUACUCUCGACAAUGCUUGGAUAAUAUUCUUAAUGAAAAUUCAAUAUCAUUUUCUCGUUACUCUAAAGGCUCUUUACAAUUAGCAAUUGACCCACAUAUUUUCGAACAAUUAGUAGAAGAAUCAAAACAUAUUAAUAAUAUACAACUUCUAUCAACAGCAGAUGAAGUUAUAAAAUAUGAACCAAUAUUAAAAUCAGUAAAAGAUCGACUCUAUGGUGGUGUUUUUAGUUCAUUAGACACAAAUGGAAAUAUUUACGAAUUUUGUUGUGAAUUAAAAAAAAUCUUAAUUGAGAAAUAUAAUGUUCAAUUUUUAUUUAAUAACGAAAUUAAAGAUUUUAUCGUAACAACUACAAUUGAAAGCCGUACAAAUCAACAACAACGUCAUGUAACAGGAAUUUUAACGAAUGAAAAUAAGAAAAUUAAUAAUAUAGAUAAUAUCAUUUUAACAAAUGGAAAUUAUGUUAUGCCAUUAAUGGAAAAAUUAAAUGUUUACAUACCUGUUUAUCCUGUUAAGGUAAAAAUAGAUAUGUGA